GUUACAGAUACGUGGAGUUUGUUGAGUCGCGAGGAAUCCAUCACCACCAGAAAUUUCUACAUUCCUUCCCGAUUCCAAAAAAACAGAGCAUUUUACGUAGAUACACACAUUCUUCCAUUCAGACAUGGCCACGCGCCAGCCCACCCUCCUCCUCAAGAACCUCUCCCGUCACUCGCGCCGCUGCCUCCUCAACUCAGCACCAUCCUCCAUCGCCGCCGCCGCCGUUCCCCCAUCCGGAAACCCCGGUUCCGUCCCCGGCGACAUCGUCGACCCAAAAACUGCCGCGCUCGGCAAGGCCCUCCUCAACCUCGACGACGCGAAGGAGCUUUUCUCCUCUGUUUCAACGUCAAAAUUGCUGAAAUCGUCUGUGACGCUCCACAUGACGGCGGUGGAGCCGUUGGUGGAUGUGGGCCUCUGGGUGAUGAAGUCCAGACUCAUGGGAGUUCCUCUGUUACGGGAGAGCAUCCUGGGGAUAGUCAAACUCGUGUUUUACGACCAUUUCUGCGGCGGUAAAGAUCUGCACGAAGUGGGUCGGACUGUCUCCAACUUAUCCGAGUCGGGUCUUAAGGCAAUGUUGGAUUAUGGGUUGGAGCAUGCCACAGAUAACAGUUCUUGCGACAUCAGUUUGAAAGAGAUUCUUCAAACUGCUGACUCGGUCAACUCACUCCCUUCUUCUUCUGUGAGUUUUAUUGUUGUGAAGAUAACUGCAAUUUGCCCCAAGAGAUUGAUUAAAAGAGUAAGUGAUUUGCUAAGGUGGGAGUUCAAGAACCCUUCUUUCCAUCUCCCAUGGAAGCAAAAAACACUUCCGAUAUUCUGUGAAUCAAGCCCUCUUUAUCACACAACAAAGGAACCAGAGCCUUUAAGCAGGGAGGAAGAGCAUGAUCUUGAUUUGUGCCAUCAGAGACUGCAGAGAAUUUGUGAGAAGUGCUUGGAGGUUGACGUUCCAUUAUUUAUUGAUGCAGAGGAUACAGUGUUGCAGCCAGCCAUUGAUUAUAUGGCAUACACAGCAGCUGUUUCAUACCAUAGAGAGGACAACCCUCUAGUUUUCGGAACAGUUCAGGCCUAUCUGAAAGACGCAAAAGAGAGGCUGGUGGGAACAAAGAAGGCUGCAGACAAAAUGGGGAUUCCUAUGGGGUUCAAACUGGUGAGAGGGGCUUACAUGUCAAGUGAAAGACAGGUAGCUUCUUCUCUAGGUGUCGAGUCUCCCAUCCAUAACACCAUUCACCAAACUCACGCCUGCUUUAACGAUUGCAUGUCUUUCAUGCUCAAUGAGAUAGCGAAUGGCUCUGGAGCAGUUGUUUUGGCAACCCACAAUGUUGAAUCAGGGAAAAUAGCUGCAACCAAGGUAACAGAUUUAGGAAUGAGAAAGGACAGCUUGAAGGUCCAAUUUGGUCAGCUAUAUGGAAUGUCAGAUGCUCUUUCAUAUAGCUUAAGAAAUGCAGGUUUUCAAGUUAGCAAGUACUUGCCUUUCGGUCCUGUAGAUGAAAUAAUGCCUUAUCUUAUGAGAAGGGGAGAAGAAAACAGAGGUGUAUUAUCUGCUUCAUCCCUUGACAGGCAACUCAUGAGGAAUGAGGUAAAAAGAAGACUACUCUCAACCAUAUUUUAGUCCCAACGACAAAAUUUGAAGAUGUGCUUCAGGGGGGUGAACAUCAAGAUCCCAAAAAGUCUUUCUCUAGUAAAUGAAAAUAUGUGAACUAGAAAUAUGCAUGAUUGCAAUGUACCAAGUUGUGUUGUAAUUCAUAAAUCCUUGUGUACAUCUGGAUGAAGCCCAAUUCUUAACAAAGUAAAUGUUGAUAUACACAUAUUAUAUACUACUACUGACUACGAAGUACUAAUCAUAACUGCUAAAAGAACGUAAAACUAAAAGCUCAACUAAGUGUCUGGUAUCCUGAAGGCACUUGUAGUCCAUCUUUCCUCUUCAUUAGAGAAGGUACCCAAGGGAACAGUUUCCCUAGUUCUUUCCCUAUGGACUGCGAUUGCUUGUGGUCAAUCCCACAUUUUGCUCUUUCUAUAGCGUCCAUUAUAUCUUCUCUUGAGACACAUUCAGAC